AAGCAGCAGGUAUGGGUGAGACAACUCCUCAUACACCAGCUCCUUCUCCAACUGAGGAGCAUGCUGCUGCCAUGGAAGCAGCAGCAGCUGCGGCCGCUUCCAGCUCUUCUCAGCCUACCAAUUUUAAGGUAAUCAUAAUUGGAGCUGGUAUGGCUGGUCUAUCGGCUGCCAAUCAUCUAUUGCAAAAUGGCUGUGACAGUUUUUGCAUUUUGGAAGCUCGUGGUCGUAUUGGUGGUCGCAUUGUAUCCAUACCAUUGGCCCAUCAGAAGGUUGAACUUGGCGCUAAUUGGAUACACGGCGUUUUGGGUAACCCGAUAUUCGAAAUAGCGGUACAGCAUGGUCUAGUCAGUGUUGUUAAUAUACCAAAACCCCAUAAAGUGGUGGCCACCACCGAAGAUGGCCAGCAGGUUCCUUUUAAUAUACUACAGGAAAUCUACGAGGCGUAUGUAUGUUUUUUACGCCGCUGUGAUGAGUAUUUCCUUUGUCAGUAUAGUCCACCGCCGGACAUUAAUAGUGUUGGAGAACACAUCAAUUUCGAAAUACAAAUCUAUUUGAGUUCUGUCGAGGAUCCCAAAGAGAAACGCUUGAAGCAAUUGAUUUUCAAUUGUUUGUUGAAGCGUGAAACAUGUAUUACCGGCUGCACAGAUAUGAAUGAAGUAGAUCUCUUAGAAUUAGGUAGUUAUACAGAAUUACAAGGUGGCAAUAUUGUAUUGCCGGCCGGUUAUAGUUCGAUUUUAAGACCCCUUACAGCACAAAUACCCAAAGAGGCUAUCAUUACCAAAUGUCCCGUCAAGAAAAUCCAUUGGAAACGAAAAAAGACUUUAACAGGCCUCGACACUGUGGAUGAGAAUGAUGAAAACGAUUCGGAUGAUUCCGAAAAAACCGUUACAGAAUUUCCCACAGCUGGUGGAGGAGGGGUGUCAGCCGGCCCCGGUAGUAGAGAAAGUACACCCUCAUCUAGCAAAAAUAACUCACGUUGUGGUUCUGUUGAAUCAGACACCGCCGCUGUAAACAGUGACUAUCCUGUACGUGUAACGUGUGAGGAUGGUCGUGUUUUUAAUGCUGAACAUGUGAUAUGUACCAUACCGUUGGGCGUUCUUAAAUCAUGCCAUAAAAAUCUAUUCGAUCCGGAGUUGCCCCACUACAAACAGGAAUCCAUUGAACAUUUAAUGUUUGGGACAGUGGAUAAAAUCUAUUUGGAAUAUGAUCGACCGUUUUUAAGUGCUGAUAUAUCGGAAAUUAUGUUACUUUGGGAUGAUGAUAAAUACGAAGAACAUGCGUCCGAUGAAGAACGUGCUACACCUGAAUAUUUAAGUAAACAUUGGUAUAAGAAAAUCUAUUCAUUUGCAAAAAUUUCCGAUACUCUACUGUUGGCAUGGGUAUCGGGUUUAGAGGCUGAAUUUAUGGAAACCCUGCCAUCGGAUGUUGUGGCGGAAAAAUGUACAGAAAUCUUAAGAAAUUUCCUGCAAGAUCCGUAUGUGCCGAAACCGAAAAGAUGUGUGUGCACAAGUUGGAAAUCUCAAACAUAUACUAUGGGAUCAUAUACCUCAAUACCAGUGGGUGCUUUACAAGAAGAUAUAGAGAAUUUGGCUCAACCACUCUAUGCAACUCCUCAUGCCUUCAAGCCUGUUGUUCUAUUUGCCGGCGAACACACCCAUUCCAAUUUCUAUUCAACUGUACAUGGUGCCUAUUUGAGUGGUCGUACUGCUGCCCAAUAUUUGGUGGGCAAUGAUGAACCCGAUGAGAUUACCCUAGAAUCGGAUGGAAGUGAUUUAAGCGCAUGGAUACAAGGCAUAGCUUUAGAUUAAGUG